AUGGAGACUGUUCGCAACAUCCAGAAUCCCAUCCCUCCGGUGGUGCUCCAGCCAUCUAAAUGGCUGUCACUCUAUGAGGACUUUGUCGCAAAGAACUCCAGUUCAGUUGGCUCGGUCGAGUCGGCGCUGAGGUCAUUGACCUACAUCAUCCCAGGAAGAUAUCGCGAAUCCGAAAUCCCUUCAGAAUGUGUGCACUCCGGAGUCCAACUUCUAUCGCUAUAUCAUGAUUCUCUCGUGUCACGAGUCAUUUCCCGACUGCCUUCAACAGUCCCUCGACCACCGCCUACCCCCCAUGCCCGAUACACGAAAUACUGGACCACGCGCUCCUCGCUAUACCAUCGAGUUGCCGUCGCGCUGCAAAUGCUCCAGUACACAGAACUACUCUGGGAGAUGACGGCGCGGCGGCGCGGGCAGAAGACUAAAUGGCGUGUCGUUGUAUUCCUUGAAUUUGCCAAGGCAAUCUGUCGCCUGCUCUUGCUUCGACUGACCAACUCUAGACCGUUGGUCAGUCCUCCCCUGCCGGAGCGAGAGGUGGACCCGCGGUCGACACAGGGAGAGGAAGACCAGAGUGACUGGAAUGGCAUGGAGACUCCCACGAGCGAGCGCUCUACGGACAUUAGCUGGACCAUGCCCCGCACAGGGCUGUCCUUGCCAUCUCUCCCGGAUGUGAACGACGUGUCGAACUAUCUUAUCUCGAAGGUUCUCACUGCGGAUGAUAUCAAGCCUCCGAAGGCGUUGCUUCACCGUGUCACUGGGCAGGGACAGUUGGCAGAGGUGUUGUACAUCCUGCGACCAGUCGUUUACGCACUGGCUAUGCAGCGAUGGAGCGGAGAUCGCCGCAGCUGGCGACCAUGGCUGAUUGGAUUCGGCAUGGAAUAUGGGUGCCGGCAGCUUGCGAAGCGCGAUUUCCGGGAGCGAGUUGCGGGUGGCCUGCGUGGUCUGACCGGACUCGAGCGGGAGGAACUCCGGAAGCGUGGAUGGUCGAUGGGUUGGUGGCUGUUGCGAGGCGCCUUCUACGAGAACAUCACCAAAUCAUGGUUGCACAGCAUGACCGGCAAGAUGAAGGGCAAGCCACUCCUGGACUUGGUGGGCAGUGUUGUCGAGGACUACGAAUACCUCUGGGACAACUACUACUUCUCGACUGCUACCCUGUGA